CUCCCUCCCUUUAUUCACUCGUCUAUUCCCCUCCGCCCUGUUCUGCUCUCUCUGGGAUCAUCUGCCUCAGUGAUCAGACUGCCAGGAACGUGGAGAUAUGAAUAUGAAAUCAUGACGAGAAAGUAGAAGGAAUUGAAGAAUGCUUCUCCGAAACAGAUUUCUUUUACUGUUGGCCUUGGCUGCGCUUCUGGCUUUUUUAAGCCUAAGUCUCCAAUUCUUCUCCAGAUGGUUGCCUGUAAGCAUGCAGCUAAAGACAGAAACUCACAUACAUGCAGAGUUUCCGGUGCACUUGAUUGCGAAUGCCAUGGGCAAAGUAGAUGGUCUAAAUGCUAAAAAUCGGAAAAGGAUAAUGCCUGAUCCACUUACAGAACCCCCUGCAAUAGAUCCACUGUAUGAAGCAACGCUCUACUGUAAUAUUCCGGGUAUAAAAGAAAGAAGCAUGGAAGGUCAUGCUCCUCACAACUUGAAAUUGCUGUCCGUCCAAGUGUUGAUCCGGCAUGGAGACCGAUAUCCUUUGUAUGCAAUCCCAAAAACAAAGAGACCCGACAUUGAUUGUGUGCUGGACUCAAACAGGAAGCCAUCUCACCAAUAUUUAACAGAUUUUAUAAGCCACAUGACAAAAGGCUCAAAUGAAGCACAAAUGGAUGGAAUCCUAAGCAGUCUGCCUCGUUUCCCAAGCCAUUCAUAUUGUGAGAUGGGAGAACUCACACAAACAGGUGUUGUGCAGCAACUAAGGAACGGUCAGCUAUUAAGGGAAGUCUACUUAAAGAAGCACAAACUGCUGACAAAGGACUGGACUGCAAAGCAGCUCUAUUUUGAAUCCACUGGAAAAAGUCGAACAUUACAAAGCGGGCUGGCCCUGCUCUAUGGCUUUCUGCCUGACUUUGACUGGAAGAAGAUAAACAUAAAACAUCAGUGGAGCACCAUAUUUUGCUCUGGCCACUGUGACUGCCCGAUGAGGAACCACUUCCUGGAGGAGGAGCAGCGCCGUCAAUACAGCCUCCGGGUGAAAAACAUCAACCUGGAGAAGACGUAUAUAAGUAUGGCAAAGGUAGUGGGUGUACCCACCCGGCAGUUAAGAGCAUCUAACCCCAUUGACUCCUUAUUAUGUCAUUUUUGUCACAAUGUUAGCUUCCCAUGUACUAAGGAUGGAUGCAUUGACCUAGAACACUUUAAAGUUAUCAAGUCUCAUCAGAUAGAAGACGAAAAAGAACGGCACGAAAAACAAAUCUAUUCCAGGUAUGCGAUGCUGGCGACUCACCCCCUUUUAAACCAGACUGUUAACAGAAUGCUGCGUAUUGCCAACGGUAAAAAAGAAGAGUUGUUUGCCUUAUAUUCCGCCCAUGAUGUGACUCUGUCACCCGUCCUCAGCUCCAUUGGCCUCACCGAAGCCAGGUUCCCCCGAUUUGCUGCUAGGUUGGUCUUUGAACUAUGGAGUAACCCAGAGAAAAAGAAGGAGCAUUAUAUCAGAAUUCUUUAUAACGGGGAGGAUGUCACUUUUCAGACAUCUUUUUGCAGAGGUCAAGAAAGGCGUUCAAACCAGCCUCUGUGUCCCCUUGACAAAUUUGUCAGCUUUGUACAAAAAGGAAUGUUUGUUGCUUUAAAUAGCACAGGCUAUUACGACGCAUGUCGCCAAAGGUUAUUUUAAAUUCAAUUGGUAGGGAACAACAGCAAAUUACUAAUGCGGUAUUUAUCAUAACAGAGGAUAAUUUAAUAGAUUCUGUAAUGCAAAAAAAAUGUGAUUGCGCCAAUACCAAGCCUAACCGGGUUAAACAUCGAUACUGUGUUGACCGCACAAAGCUCAACUAGGCUGCCACGUUGGCAAUGUGACUGCCGUGUAAUUUCGGUGUAAUGUUGACAACAUAGUGUUGCUUAAAGAGACGGUAAUAAUAAAAAUCAAUUGAUGACAA